AUGUCGAUUUGCGAUGGUUCCGUGCCAAAUUCGGAGCUCUUCGAAGAGUGGGCUGCGAAGAAGGUGGAUUUGCCCAAGCUCAGUGAGUGCUUCGAGCUUCGACGCACUGAAUCGCUUGGAAUCCACGCAGUGGCAAGGUGUGCAAUUCACCCGGGUGAUUUGAUCAUCUCAGAGGAUGCGCUCCUCCGAUUGUCGCCGUUGACAGCAGAUGCCCGGUCGUUGCUGCAGCGCUUUGGCGAGUUGGGCGAAUUUCUGACCCCGGCCUUGGCAGUGGACUGGACAUCCACCACUCCGCAGCUCAGAGAGGCAUCUCUAAAGCUGUUCUAUGCGCAUCCGGGCACGGAGAAACGCAGCCAAGACUCUCACCUCGCCGCGUGUGAAGAGCUGCUGCGCUGGCCACCAUUGCGCUCCACAAAGUGGACGCCACAAGAAUUGCUACACUUUCUGCAUAUCGUGGACCUGAACAUUCACAAAGAUGACGAAAGGCCGCAGAAUGCAGAAUUCACGGGUAUCUUUUUGCUCGGCUCCAAAUUCUCGCACAGCUGUGCACCCAACGCCUCCUGGGCAUUUGAUGCGGCGGGACAUUUACAAUAUCGAGCCAUUCGCCCAAUUGCUCCACUGGAGGUUCUCACCUUCUCCUAUGUCGGCAAUGGCAUGAACCUGAUCACCAGCACCUUGAUUCGAAGACAGCGCUUAGCGCAACUGUGCUUCGUCUGCGGUUGUCAGCGAUGUGCUGCUGAAGACCUGCCACGACGAGUGCAGUGCCCUGGAGGUUGUGGAGGAUAUUGUUUCCCUUGCUACACUUCGCAGGAUGACCAGGGCUUUGCAAAUGCUGGACCCCGCCACAGUAUGAUUCAGGAUGCUGCUUCCUGGAGAUGUAGCACUUGCAAGGUGGACAUCAGCCCUUCUGACUUGCCUUUGCAUGCAGAAGAGGAGCUUGCAGAGCUGGUGCCUCGUUUCAUGCAAAGUCCAGCCAGCAAGGCCCCAGAAGACGCUGCGCGGCUGCGAGAUUUGCGGCUAAAAGCAGCCACACUCCUGGGCAAAGGGCAUUGGACUUACUUCCUGGCGACCUUUGCUUGGUUGCAAAAGUGUUUGGCAUUGAUGCGGAAUGAAACGGUGAUUCCGUUCAGCGAGCGUGACUUGAGCUCCGCCUGUGUGGAAGUGGCCGAGUGGUUGGAGGUGGCUGCUGCCGACAACGUAGAACAACGUUUGUGCGCUUUGUUCUUGGCAGUUCGAUUGGCGCAACAUCUCGGACUAGGAUUGAAGUCGUGGGGCUACGACGCACUAAAUCCUCUAAAGGAGAUGCCUUGCUCUGAUAGAAGGUUCAUGGCCAUCACCAAGUUGGAGCUCAUGGGUUGGGAGCUGCAAGAUGACUGCAUCAAAGGACCCCCAGAGUUCCAACCAGCCGAUCUCCAACGGCUGAAGGAUGGUCUGGUCAAAAGUGGCGGCCCCAUUUUCAGCGCACCAGGCUGGCGCUGA